AACUAUUUUAGUUCCCUCCCAAGUUUUCCCUCUUCCUCCCUCAAAAACCCAAAUUCCUCCUUUUUGUCAAAACCUAAACUUGCUUCCAGUUCAAAUCAAGCAAACCAAUGGGUGGCACAACCAAUAUCAAUUAUCAAGGGCAUAUAAUUCAGACCUCCGUAUUCACCACCCUGCACUCGCUCACACAAGAUCUGAGGCCUAGCUCUCAUCACCAUCUUCACAACCAGACUGUUGGACCAAUCAUUCACACCUCAACAAAUUCGAGUUCGACGUCGUAUGGUUUUCCAGUGACGAAGGUGGUUCUAUACGGUCGCCCGCCGUGGAUACGGUUCUGAGAUCUCUCUCAAGAUCUAUGUUUACGAUGAGAAUGAAAUUGAUGGCGUUAAAGAGCUAUUGUACGGACGUGACUUAAGAUAACGCCCAAAUCGUGUCACAGGCGUUAAAGGGAGUGAAGAGAGAGGAUGUUCAACUGUCUACCAAAUUUGGGAUCAAAGUUGGUGGUCAGUUUGAAAUCAGUGGUGAACCGGAGUACGUUAGAGCCUGUUGUGAAGCCAGUUUGAAGCGGCCUGAUGUUGAUUACAUUGAUCUUUACUAUGUUAAUCGCAUCGAUAAAGAAGUCCCUAUUGAAAUCACUAAGGGAGAACUGAAGAAACUGGUUGAAAAGGGUAAAAUAAGACACAUUGGUCUACCUGAGGCUGGUCCAGCAACUAUUAGAACGGCAUUGGACCAGACAAAGUCUUCACCCCAUGCAACAUGCGGCCGUGCGGGUUUGAUAUGACUAGUUUGUGUAUUUAUUUUUUAAGUUUUUAUAUAUUUUUAUACUUUUUGAAAAAAAAUAUUUUAGCGGCGCUUUUCUUUCAUUUAUUCUUCUGUUUUCUAGUAUAUACAUAUGUAUUGAUCCAAAUAUAUUUAUCUUUUCUUUUUAAAAGUGAGUUAUUGACUUUAUAUUAUAGGGGCCCUGUUUUCUUCUACUCGCACAGGGCCCAAACUUUUUCGAGGAUUUUCGGAGACGGCCCUGUCAAAGCAGACACGUUAAAGAUUCUUGCCAUGUAUAGAAGGCCAGUUCGUCAAGUUGCUGCAACAAUAGGGGCCUGGCUUAACAUAUUUCAACUACUAAUUGACUUGAAUAGCUGCACACUUCUAUUGUGUUUAUACACGAUAGGGAGGGGAAUUGGAGUAAAUCGUCUGGACUUGCAGCCAUCCUCAUCAUGGAACAUUUACCUCUUCUCAUCAAAUUUGGCUUCCCAAGGAUUGUACAUGAGAUGCAGGUGUGUAGGUUUUAUAGAUGAUGCGUCUACAUCUGGUGCUGGGGAUCUUGCAAAAGAUGAAGAUGAGGCAGAAGAUGAAGAAAUACUACUUCCAACACUAGAAGGAAAGGUUGAUCCUGCAGAUUUAGCUUUUUUACCGCCCUCUGUGCAACUUGAUCUUCUAGUGCAAAUGAGAGAACGGUUGGUGGCAGAGAACCGGAAAAAGUAUUAAAAAGUUAAGGCUCUUUCAAGAUUUUCUAAAUUUAAAAUAGAGUCUUAUGUUUAAACAAUUGUCUUCCGUAGGGGAUUAACGAAGUGCAGAAAGUAGCUGGUGGAAGGGGAGUUGGUGGUGUUCAGAUUUCACUCACAGAUAGCAUCCAAAGCUAACGAAGUAUUUAUUAUUACUCAGUAAGUAACUGAUUAAGGUUCGUUUCAGGUGAUUAUGCAUUUGCUCAUACAACAGGCAUCAUUAUGUAAGCAAUUGGAGCAGAUGGGUUUGCUGCUGUUGCAAGUGCUGCUAGUAGUGAUGCAGGUUCUGUUGCACUUGUUGCAUCAUUUAGAGAUUUCUUUUGAUUAGAAGCUUAUGUAUUUGGUAUUUAAAUUUUAAACUUAUGUAUGGAUUUUGGUUUAUUAUUGUUAAUAUAUUUGGUUUUUAAGUUUUCUUA